AUGGAUGAUGAUAUCGUCAACUGCCGCCGCAAUAGCAACUACGGACAAGAUUUUAUCACCGAUAUCGCCGAAAAUGUUUCCUUGAGUACCCCGCCCGAAGUUGCCGAGAUCUUAAAUAUCUCAGUGAGAGCGGAGGAGUUUGACAAUCUAUACUGCAUUAUCCUGACACCUGCCAAUACACCAUCAAUGGCGACAGAAUCUCAUGCCAUCGUCUUCGGGGCAGCUGGACUGCUCGGAUGGGCGACCUUGAACCAGCUGCUCUCCGGCUACCCCUCAUCAAGCCCAUUCACUCGUGUCACCGCGGUCCUCAAUCGACCCGUCGCCGAGUCUGACCUCUGCUUGCCCUCAGGACCGAACAGCCCUUCGUUUGGGCUGGUUUUGGGGAUCAAUUUGCUACAGACAAACACAGAUGAUCUUGCAAAGCAACUGAAAGAAAAAGUCCCCGGCGCGGAAGGGAUAACCCACGUCUUUUAUUUCGUCUUUGCGCCGUUCAACGAUGACCAUAUCCAAGAGUGUACCCAGAACUGCGGUAUGAUGCAGCGACUGGCCGGCGCAUUGAACAUCGUCGCCCCAAGGCUCCGGUCGUUUGUGUAUUCCGGCGGAUCAAGAGGCUACGGUAUUUACAAUCCCAGUGGCGUCUUCCAGCCACCACUCGAGGAAUCCAUGGCCGAUGGCUUACCGGAAGACUACGCUAAGACCGUCGCAUAUCCGUGGUUCCGAAAGAUUUUGACUGAAGCCAGCAAGGAUCGCAAUUGGACCUGGAGCGAGGUCUGUCCGGAUGCCGUGGUUGGGUUUUCUCCCAAUGGCUCGGCGUACUCCCUUGCUCUUCACUGGGCGCAAUACCUUUCUUUAUAUGCAUACAAUCACAGAGGCGUCACCGACAAAGAGAUCGAUGUUCCGUUUCCCGGGAGUGAGGCUGGUUAUCGGUCGCUGUACACGCCCGUCUCGAGUGAGAUUCUCGGUCGCAUUGCAAUCCAUGCAGCACUACAUCCCGAUUCAUGCGGUAGAAAGAUCAUAAACAUGCUAGACAACGAUACCCCCGUCAGCGCUAGCGACCUAUGGCCGGGCAUCGCGGCCUGGUUCGGGCUAAAAGGGGUGGGACCAGCGAAAGACGACAUCCUCAAACCAAGUGAAUAUGUCGACAAAUACCGCCAUCUGUUCGCUCAGAAUGGGGUUCCUAAGGGACUGACCUGCGGCGUUGGCCAGGGGAAGAAGCAACUGGAUUCUGUUGGGUGGUGGCUCACUUUUGACCGACAGUUCAGUUCCAAGAGGUUGAGGUCGAUGGGGUUUACUGAGCAGCGAGAUCCGGUUGAUGGCUGGCUGGAAGCAUUCGAGAGAUUCAGAGCGGCGGGAAUUAUCUUUUGA